AAAAAAAUUAAUAUUUUCAUAAAAAGUUUAAUAGUUUCAAAAAGAAAAAUGUGUUUAAGCAUAAGCUAAUAAGAUUUCUUGGUGUUUACAGGAAUAAUAGCAAGUGUUAUUAUUUCAUCAAUGAAUAUUUAUGAAUUUAUAUUACUCAGCUAAGAAGGAGAGACAAAAGCUCUGUAUGCUAUUAUAUGGACUUGGAUUAUAUCUAAAAUACUAUCUUUACCAUCAUAAAAAUGUAGAAUAAAGUGUGAAGAAUUGAUGAUUUAACUUCUAGGAUUUAUUUUUUAAUGUGAGUGGUAUUUCAACUAUCAGGACACUAAAAAUACAAUCAAUAGGCUGCUUAAAUAGCUGCUAUUUAUAACAAUACCUACCUUGGUGGUUAAUAUAUAUUUGCUUUCUGAUUUAAACAGAAAUAUUACGCAUUGCUAUUACAUAAUUAUGAUUUUUAUGACUUUUACUAUUUUGUGGCUUCAAAUUAUUUAUUAAGUUAUGGAUUCAUAACUUUCAGUACCUGAUCAAACAUUCACAAGGAUAUUCUCAAUGUUCUCCAAUUUUUGCUUUUACUACCUGUUUGUUCAAACAAUAUUUUAUUAAUAAUAUAUUUGCAUAAGUCUCAUGAUAAUAAAUGCUUUAGUAGGAGUUUUAGAUUUUUGGUUUUUUAGAUAUUAAAGACGCAUCGAAGAGUGGUAGGAAGAUAUACAAAUAAAUAUAUUUUCUUACAUAUUCUAGAUAAAUAUAAAUAACUUUUAAACAUUUCCUAAAAACUGUAGAAACUUAAAUUUACCAAGUUGGGAGUAGAUUUUGAGACUUGCUGUUUAGUAAAUUAAUAUAAUUGUUUUCUUUAUUGUUAAGCUUACUUGCUUUCCUUUAAUCAUUCAACUAGACAAAGCAUUUUAUGUGUAUUUUGCUUUGAGCAUCCCAUAAUUUUAUUUACUUGGAAUUAACUUAUACUAUAAAUUGGUUAAACAUGAAAGAGUAUCCGCAAAAUUGUGUUUGAACUAAGACAAAUUUAUCAUAAAUAACUAAUUAUACGAAGCUUUAAAAGACAGAUUUACUUAUAAUUAUGAGUUAGAUGUCAUGAUUAACAUAAACAAUAUUGAAGAAUUGAAUUCAUAUUAGUUUGGAGAAAAUGUGAAGACUUUACAAAAAUUCAUGGCUUUUGCUUACAAAUAUUCAUUAAAUAGCGCUAUGCUAUCUAUUCAAAGUUAAGAUUAGUAAUUAUAAAUUUAUUUAACAUUGAAUAAAACACUAAUUGAAGGAGAAUAAAAAAUACAGGUUUCUAAUUAAUUCUUUAAAAACAAUCUAAACAUUAAUUUAUUAGGAUAUCUAAGACAAAUACUUGUUUUAGACAAUUCUUAUUAGGUAGAUUUGGUUUGCCCUAUCCAAAAAAUGAAUGAAGCUGAACAUUUACUAAUAACAACUCAGCAAUACAAUCAUAAUGUAUUCACAGUUAACAAAAUCAAAAAUGAUAUAUUAAAUGAACAGCUUAUUUAAAUAACCGCGAAUAACUUUCAAAUUAUGGCAUUUUAUAAAAAUAUUAAAUAAUUUAUACCAAUAAACCCAAGUCAUUUAUUGUUUGAUUUAUAUAACGAAUGA